GGGAAGGAAUCGCUUCCGGAGUCAGGGUGUUCUGGCUCGCCCCGCCCCGCCGCCGGUGCCGCGCUGGACGCCUCAGCGCUCCCGGAAGUGGCCCGGGCCUCUCUGUGUCUCUCUCGGGGUCCCCACCUCCCCGCUGCUGCUGCGGGCCACGGGGGAGGCGGCGAUGGCGGAGGCGGCUCUGCUGCUGUCGCUGCCAGAGGCAGCGGCGGAGCGGGACGCUCGGGAGAAGCUGGCUCUGUGGGAUGGGAGAGCGGACACGACGGCGCCGCUGACCGACCGGCAGACGGACUCGGUGCUGGCGUUGAAGGCGGCUGCCGAGGCCCUGCCCGUGCCGGCCGAGCUCCCUAUUGAAGAUUUAUGCAGUUUAACCUCCCAGUCACUGCCCAUUGCACAGACUUCAGUGGUGCCCGAAUCUACAGAAGACAUUCUUUUGAAGGGAUUCAUGUCCUUAGAAAUGGAAGAAGAAAGAAUCGAAACUGCACAGCAGUUUUUCUCAUGGUUUGCAAAGCUACAAACUCAGAUGGAUCAGGACGAAGGAACUAAAUAUAGACAGAUGAGGGAUUACUUGUCUGGGUUUCAGGAGCAGUGUGAUGCUAUAUUGAAUGAUGUAAACAGUGCUCUUCAGCAUCUGGAAUCAUUGCAGAAACAGUAUCUUUUUGUGUCCAAUAAGACAGGAACCCUACAUGAAGCCUGUGAACAGCUCCUGAAAGAGCAGUCGGAACUUGUUGAUCUGGCAGAAAACAUUCAACAAAAACUUUCCUAUUUUAAUGAAUUGGAAACUAUUAACACAAAAUUGAAUUCUCCCACGUUGUCUGUGAAUAGUGAAGGAUUUAUACCUAUGCUGGCCAAGUUAGAUGAUUGUAUAACGUACAUAUCAUCUCAUCCGAAUUUUAAAGAUUAUCCUGUAUAUUUACUGAAGUUUAAGCAGUGUCUUUCUAAAGCUUUGCACCUCAUGAAGACAUACACUGUGAACACACUACAGAACCUCACAAAUCAGUUAUUAAAAAGGGAUCCUUCAUCUGUACCUAAUGCAGACAAUGCCUUUACACUAUUUUAUGUGAAAUUUCGAGCUGCUGCCCCCAAAGUCAGAACUCUCAUCGAACAGAUAGAACAACGAUCUGAAAAAAUACCUGAAUACCAACAACUGCUAACUGACAUCCACCAGUGUUACCUUGAUCAGCGGGAACUCCUUUUGGGCCCCAGUAUUACUUGUACUGUAACAGAGUUGACCAGCCAGAAUAACAGGGACCACUGUGCCUUGGUUCGCAGUGGCUGUGCCUUUAUGGUUCACGUGUGCCAGGAUGAGCACCAGCUGUACAAUGAAUUUUUCACAAAACCAACGUCAAAAUUAGACGAACUUUUGGAGAAACUGUGUGUGUCCUUGUAUGAUGUCUUCAGGCCAUUGAUCAUUCAUGUUAUUCACUUAGAAACUCUAUCGGAACUUUGUGGGAUUCUUAAAAAUGAGGUGCUUGAAGAUCAUGUACAGAAUAAUGCUGAACAGCUGGGGGCAUUUGCAGCUGGCGUAAAGCAGAUGCUAGAAGAUGUACAGGAGCGGCUUGUCUACCGGACCCACAUCUACAUUCAGACAGACAUCACGGGCUACAAACCAGCUCCUGGAGAUCUAGCGUAUCCUGAUAAGUUAGUUAUGAUGGAGCAAAUUGCUCAGAGUUUAAAAGAUGAACAGAAGAAGUUACCACCUUCAGAAGCUUCGUUUUCAGAUGUUCGGUUAGAAGAAGCAGAGCCUCCUAAUAGUCUAACAAAAUCUGGUUCAUCUGAAUCUCUCAAUCCUAGACCGCAGACCACGAUUUCUCCAGCAGAUCUUCAUGGAAUGUGGUACCCUACAGUUCGACGAACUCUUGUCUGUCUCUCCAAAUUGUACAGAUGUAUAGACAGGGCAGUGUUCCAAGGACUAUCACAGGAAGCCUUGUCGGCCUGCAUUCAGUCACUGCUUGGAGCGUCAGAGUCCAUCAGCAAAACCAAGACUCAGAUUGAUGGACAACUUUUCUUAAUAAAGCACCUUUUGAUUCUUCGUGAACAAAUCGCUCCAUUUCACACUGAAUUCACCAUUAAGGAAAUUUCCCUGGACCUCAAGAAAACUAGAGAUGCAGCAUUUAAAAUCCUGAAUCCUAUGACUGUUCCAAGAUUUUUUAGGCUGAAUAGCAACAAUGCCUUGAUAGAGUUCUUGUUGGAGGGUACUCCUGAGAUAAGAGAACAUUACCUCGACUCUAAAAAAGACGUAGACCGCCACCUGAAAUCAGCCUGUGAGCAGUUUAUUCAGCAGCAGACCAGGCUGUUCAUAGAGCCGCUGGAGGAGUUCCUGACAAAGGUUUCAGCAUUAAAAACAAUGGCCAGUCAGGGAGGACCUAAGUAUACGCUGUCUCAGCAGCCUUGGGCACAACCAGCAAAGGUCAGCGACCUUGUGGCAAGUGCCUACAAGGCAAUAAAAGCAAAGCUGCCCCUGACAUUGAGGAGCAUGUCCUUGUACCUAUCCAACAAGGACACUGAGUUCAUCCUGUUUAAACCAGUCAGGAAUAAUAUUCAGCAAGUCUUCCAGAAGUUCCACGUCUUGUUAAAGGAAGAGUUUAGCCCUGAAGAUGUUCAAAUCAUUGCUUGUCCUUCAAUGGAACAGCUGAACCUCCUACUGUCUGUUUCUAAAUAACUUGGCCCAUUGGGCUGUGCGUAUAGAUGGCCGGCUGGCAGGAACGGGCUGCCAGGUCCGGAGGCUGCAGGACACCGGGGAAUUGGACGAGGGACGUCCCCAGAACCACACGGCCGCCGCUCAGGGCUGAUCACAGAACGAAAUGGAAGCAAAGUGUGCAAUGACUUGUGUUUCCCUUUUAAAAACAUCAAAAUGCCAAAGAUAAGCUAUAUAGUCUAUGAGUGCUGAUAACUGCCUCACUUAAAUGGUCGCAAGGAGUGUAAGUUUUUAAGAGGAGAAACUUACGGAGGGCACACAGGGAAAUGGUUCUUAAGAAAAAUUCAGUGAAAAUAGGUUAAAGUAAAUACCGCAAAGAGCUUUACGGAAAUACAGCUAAUUAGGAAACUUCUAAGAGUAAGGUUUGUUAGAGCAAGAAACACUGCAGUCCUUUUAACCACUGAGCAUUCCACAGUGACUAUUUUUUUUUUUUUUACUUCCAGAAAUGUUAUUUCUACACUUUAUUUAUAAUGUUUCUCCUCUCGCUUUGAAGUUUAGUUUGGAGUAGAUUGGCUGCUUCUGGCUGCUUUCCUGGGGAUUCAGGGUGUUCUCUUCCUGCGUGUUUGAUGUGAGGUAGUUUCAAGAUGCAAGGGCCUCGUGUAAGGUCCCAGAACCUGUACUGUGAAUGGCUUCAGUACAGAGCAUUCAAAGCAGGCCGGGGCUGCAGCCUCCUCAUGGUGGAUACGUGCGUAUCUUUAAUGAGAAUCUUCAUGGUACAGUGGGCAGUGUUUGUGAAGGGGGGGUACCAAUUAGGGCGUCUUCAGGCUGGCACACCGAGGCGGCCAGGAAGCCUGAUGAAUUAGCAGGUUGCAUGCACGAUGCUUAGGGUUACCAGCUUUCUGCACAUCGCCUUCCAUUUCCAUAGUUCUUUGGAAAGCGAGCACUUUUUAUGUCCGGAACGUUCACAGCGGCUGUGCCGCGGGUGGGCCUUGUGGAUCGGCAGCCUGCGACAGCGGAAUACAGUUUACUCACAAACUGGUGAAGACCGCCCAUGCCUUGAAAUGGACUGCCUGAUAUCAGGGAUCAUCAGAUUAAUCACGCACAUCUCUUGAGUUUGCCUACAAAUACCUGUUUCCUGAUUGAAUUGGUUUUGCCUCUGAUGUUACAGUAAAUGUCACCUGCUUUUUGGUUCACAGUGAAUUUUGAGUUACUCAGACACUAGUUUAGAGAUAGAACGCUAACAAGGGCUCUGGAACGCAGCCAGCAGACCGCACUCUGUGAGACUAGUAUUCUUCAUCCACUUCAAGUAGACUCCCGCCAUGUGCGGGUAGUUUACACACCCUGAUGUCUGUCAUUUUAAAGGGUCACUUGCUUUUCACCUCAGUGUAACUUGGUGAUGGAUGUUGCUUGAUAGACCUUAGUACUCUGUAUAUUUUGGGAAGGUAGAAGGUAAAGAGGGGCCAUAUUCAUUCUUUGAUAGGAAAUGAAUGAAUUAGGAAGAUUCUACUCACUUCUACUUACUAUUUUAAAUAUGUUUAAUGAAAUAAACUGUAAAAUAUCCAGUUUUGUAUAUUAUAUGUACAUUUGAUUUUUAAAUAGCCUUUCCAAAGAAAUGAGGGCAUGAUUAUUGUACAGUACUAUGGCUGAUUUCAUUUGAUGUACAGAGCAGAGGAUGUUCUUAAGGAUAAAAAUAUUCGAUGGCACUCAUUCUUGUGCUUUGAAUCUUUUAUUUCUGAAACACUCAAAGACCUUACUGAGUAGGUAAUAGUGAUCCAGCCUGUUUGCUAAAUGACUGUUUGUUUAAAUCUGUACAGUUUAAAGUGUUCACUUAUACAAAGAGUGUACAUACUUUCAAAUAAUUAAUUUAAAAUGCUUUAUAUUAUUUGGCUAGAAAUUGCUGUUUUUAAUAAAUGUGAAUUUUUUCAGAAAUAAAGAUUUUUGCUUCCUACUUUGUC